AUGGAUUUGUCUAAUAGUUUUUUGAACUUAUCCUUCUAUCAGCCUUCAGCUUUCCUCAUGAUGGGCAUCCCAGGCCUGGAAGCCCUUCACCACUGGAUCUCCAUCCCUUUCUGUGCACUGUACCUUAUUGCUCUCUUGGGAAACUGCAUGAUCCUAUUCAUCAUAAAGAAGACCCAAAGUCUUCACGAACCAAUGUACUACUUCCUCUCCAUGCUGGCAGUCACUGACCUGGGCUUGGUUCUAUGUACACUGCCUACUACUCUGGGCAUUUUUUGGUUUAAUAUGCGAAGGAUUGGGUUUGAUGCUUGCCUCACUCAGAUGUAUUUCAUCCACAUACUGUCCUUCAUUGAAUCCUCUGUGCUCCUGGCAAUGGCAUUUGACCGCUUCAUUGCCAUCUCCCAUCCACUGAGACACCCAUCCAUACUGACCAAGACGACUGUCAUAAAAAUAGGUCUGGCAAUUAUAUUGAGAGGCAUGAUCUCCCUCCUUCCCAUACCCUUCUUGCUCAAGAGACUAACCUAUUGCGGGAAGACUGAGCUUUCUCAUUCUUUUUGCUUCCAUCCUGAUAUCAUGAACCUAGCAUGUGCAGAUAUAAAAGUCAAUGUCUUCUACGGUAUGAUUAUCCUCUUAUCAACGGUGGGGAUGGACUUCAUCUUCAUUGUGCUGUCCUACAUCCUGAUCAUUAAAACUGUUAUCAGCCUUGCAACCAAGGAGGAGUGUCUCAAGGCUCUGAAUACAUGUGUGUCCCACAUCUGUGCUGUUCUAGUGUUCUUCAUCCCAAUGAUCGGACUGUCCAUGAUCCAUCGCUUUGGAAAGAACGUUCCUCCUCUGGUUAACACUUUGGUGGCCUACACCUACCUUAUAAUUCCCCCCGCUCUCAACCCCAUUAUCUACAGCAUAAAAUCCAGCCACAUCCGUGAGGCUUUGCUCAGGGCACUGCGGAGGAAGAGUGAAUCUGACUGGUAGCUUCCUCCACCAGUUCUGCCAGAAAGUGCUAGUGGACUGGUUUCUUGGUCAGAGCUAGUG